AUGUGCGCGGCUGUUGCAACGAGCAAGGGAAAUUGGGCCGCAGUGGCUGCUCUCACCGAUGGUGGCGGCGAUGGAGUGGUCAGGACGGCCGACGGAGCUAGACGCAGGCGUUGGCAACGGAGGAUAGAGAGGAAGGAAGCGCCGCCGCUGGAGGAUCUGGUGGCCGCUACUCCUUCUUUCUCGCUGCCGCCGCCGUUGCUCCUCACCGUCGCCGCCGCUGUUGCUAGUUGCCGUUGCCGCCGCUGCUCGUCGCUGCCGAUUUCUUCAAAUCUCAAAAGCCCACAUAGAGUCAUUGGAGGCUUUUCUUCAAAUCUCAGAAUCCCAGGGCUCCACAAAAAUUUGAGGAGUGACUUGACAGUUGAGCCGACUCUGCUCUCGUCUCCUCAGUUUCAGAGCCAAAAAUCUCAUAGACCGCUGAUUCUCAUCCUACAGAGAGCGAUGGAGAAAGCAAGCGGCGGUAAAGGCGGUGCUGGUGCUGAUGGCAUUGUUCUUGGUCGGCUACAUCCUUGGGUCGCCGCUCUACAGGCACUUCAUCGAAGGCUUGGCGGCCGUCGGCCGCUCCUGCUCCUAUUGAGAAUCACCAGUAUAAUCUCCUACAAAUCACUCUCAUAA